CAUACGCCCUUGAGCCUGGACCCAGCACAUCCGAGACCGCAGAUGCUUUCUUGAAGGGGGGGAGGACGUUUUGGUACGGAUGAUUGUGGUAGGCAUGGUGAUGAAGACGGGGGAGAUGGUGCGCGUCUCUGCUUCGAUGAUUCUGGUGGGCGUCGUUAAGGGACGGGGGUCAAGGAUAUGCUGCUAACCCUUUGUAUCGCCUUCAUAUUUUCAGUGAACUCCAGGAAGGAAUUGGUGGCAACCCUGUGUAUCUCCUUCAUGUGGUCAUCGAACUCCAGGAGGGGGGGCGAGUGUGAAAGGAAAAACCAAACGCUCCGUCUGUCCACCUGUAGCUGCAUCCUUAUCCUUUCUUCUUUGACCUUCUUCCCUUCAUUCCCUGUGACCUCCCAUCUUUCCCGUCUUCAUGCUUCCAUGUGUUCUCCAGCCUCAGACAGAGCCAGUGGGUGUUCGGACUCCUCGGCUGAGGGACUGGCAUCCAGUGUAGCCCCCCCGCUCAGUUUGUCCCUCACUCCGGUUCUCAGCCCGGAGGAGUUUGAGCGUCUGUGGUUGCAGCGACAGGAUUUGCAUACUGAGCAAGAUGCUGAGAAGCGAGAAGAGGAGGAGGAUUGUGCAUGUCUUGUGGAACACAUCCGAGGCCCUGCAAUAGCACACUGCUCCCCUCAAAGCCUUCAGGCUGCAAUGCAGCUGGUCAACAUCCAGACACUGGCCUUCACCCCGCCGCACACACUCCCCUGGAGGGUGUACCUGUUCACACACACCCAGCACACACACAGUGGCAACGCACCACACAGCACGCUCAUAGUCGGGGAGCUGCUGUACACCGGAGAGGCAAAUCGGAGGGUGAGGUUGGUAAAGACAGGCUCGGAUGAUGGAGACUUGGUGGAGGGCAGCGAAGAGGAGCAUGUGAGAGAGGGAGGAGACCCCACAUCUGCUGGGCUGAGAGAGUCUGCCAGAGAAAAUGGAGAAGAGGAGGAAGUGAAAGUGACUCUGAAGCAGCAACCAAGAGAUGACAGCGCUCUGAAGGGGUUUCUCUCCAUCCUCACCACCGUACUGCACACACUGUCCUCAGAGAGGGCGUAAAUAUGCAUGACACAUGCAUACACACACACAAGCAUCAUUGGACCUACCUAGAUGUGUUGAGUCAUUCGGUCCAAGUCUCAGAUAAAGCCCCACCCCACUUAUCUGUCUUACAAAAAAAAAAGUAAUUAGUACCCGUCUCAUCAUAAUAAUAUUGGCCAAUUCAUCUAACAUGUUCAAAAACUAUGACGAUUGUUUAUUAAUAUUAUAGAUAUUUAGAGAAAAAAAAUUAUCAAAACUUUAAAAAAUAUGUUUUCUUCAUUUCUUCUUAAUUAAAACUGAAACAAACUAGAACUGAAGACCACUUCUCUGAAACUCACUAUGUCUUUAAGAAGUCCCUCACUGAUCACAAUCAUUCCCUCUCAAACUGAACUUGCGUAAACCACAGACAGAAUGACAGAAACCAGUCAGGUUAGCAUUUGGCCUGGUUUUAACCACACUCUAAUAGCUUUCCUGUAUUUACGGGAAAAAGAAUCUGGCUGGCCACUUUAGGGGCCAUAUGGAGGACUAGCAUCACUGCACAAAUGUAUACUUCUCUUUUAUUUUGGGAUUGAGAGAAAAAUAAUGCUCAAAGACAAACAUGAUGGAAACCACCUUUCACAGGAGGCAGAGCUUGACAAGGGAGGAUUGUGUACCCCAGUGCCCAAAUGCAGACAAUAUAUACCAGAUUUUUUUGGAGGGCUCUUGGAGACAUGUAAAUGAACUGAUUAAAAACAAAUAAAACAUGUGGAUUGCUUUCCUAGCUAUUUCCAGCUCAAUCAGCUAUUCUAGUUAUAAAUGUCCAGACCCCUUCUAAAACCAUAGUGAGCUAAAUCCAGCCUGGUCAACCCUUUUUUCAGCAAGAACUGUUAUCAGUUUGCCUGUUGAGUACCUUCAGUUAUUAGCUGUGGUGGAAAGUAACACAGUACAUUUGCUUAAGUAUUGUACUUGAGUACGAUUUGGGGCACCUGUACUUUACCUUAGUACAAUUUGGAAGCCAAUAUUGUACUUUUUAUUCAUUUGACAUAAUUACUUAGUAGUUAUUUUACAGAUUCAGAAUAUGUGCUUAAACACAAUAUAAAUUAACUAUCAGAUAUAAUUAUAGGUUAAGACAGCCAGCAGCAGUACAUAGAGUAUGUGUGUAUGUAUAUACAGUAUGUAUUAACCGGGAAGGGGGAUAAAGUAUUGUUUCGAUUUGUGAAUUGUUUUUGAGAAGCACUUUGUGUUACCACUGUGUAUGAAAGGUGCUAUAUAAAUAAAGCUUGAUUUGAUUUGAUAAA